GGUGAGCACAGAUCACUUAAUUAAGUUAUUUCGUUGUUUUAACAUAAAACCUGUUUCUAAUUAUAAAUGUACGAUUAACGAUGUAAGAUAAACAAUAGUAAAAAUAUAAGAGUUUAGAUUCUAUUCUAUAUAAUAUCUUAGAAAAGUAUUCAAUCUGCUCAAUUAUGGCAUGUCAUUGGAUUAAAGUAACACCAAACUUACAGAAAGGCAUAUCUCUGAUUAAUUCAUUGGACGAUAAUAAAUUUGAACAGUUCCUUAAAAGAAUUGUUAUAAAGUUUAAACAUCAAGAGACAGAUUAUGUAUUUACAGAAGACGAGCAAAAUAAAUUAAAGAAGAUAUUCAAAGUAGAUCAAGAUCAAUUAAUUCUAAGUGUUAAGACAAGUACUUUUAUAUUUAAAAAAAUAUAUAAGUUUGUUUUCAUGCCAGCAGAUUUAAAAAGUGAUCUCAUAAAUAUUGGUUUUAAUGAUCAGAAGGCAGACACAUUUGUUAAAGUUUGGUCUGAAGAAACUAAUUUGUUUCUUAACCAGUUAUCCUUGAACAAUGCACAAUAUGAAGAAAAUCCUAAUUUUUGCUACAAACUUAGUGCUGAAAUUAGUUCAGGCUACCAUAAGAAAAGUAGAAUAGCUAAAGCUUAUUUAAAAAUAAAGGGUGAAAAAAAUAUAGUGUGUGAAACAGAACUGACACAUGGAGAAUUGCAUUCAAUAUUUUUGCAAUUUGAAUCAAUUCAAAAUGACCUGGAUAACCUUUUGUCAUUAUAUUAAUAUGAAUGGCCCUAGAAAAUAUGCUAAAAUAUAAACCUCCAUGAUUAAUUUCUUUUCACUUGUGAUGUUUCAAAUAAGCACAUUCGAAAUUCUGUGACACAUGAGAUGGGACUAUAGGUCUAGGAUGAUAUAAUAUCCCUAUAUGCCCUCUACCUGUGGAGUAUCCUGCCUGAGCUCAUUUGCUAAUGUAAUUUAUCUAAUUAUCUAUUCCCUUCUCUUUGUACCUAUUGGUAGCAAAUCAAUGCUUUGUUUUGAUGGCUAUUAUAAAAUGGCCUCAUGCCAAUAAUGUGUGCUAUCUAGCAUUACUUAAGGAGGUGGUAGCUGAGCACUAAACACUAUCAAACUUAAAAAAAGUACAAUCAUGCUUUAUACAUUCAUGAUAUUGAAAGUGUUUAUAACAAAUUAUCAAAAGAUUAAAUUAUAACAUUAAAAUGAUGAUAAUCCUCAAUUACGUUAUUUAUCUGACAGCAUAGAGACAUCAAAUUUUCCUUUUCAAAAUAUUGUAUAACUUAAGUGAUUCCGUUAAUGUUUUAUGAAGUAUAUUUAAUUUCAUUGCUUAAAACUUUACACCCCUCCUAUAACACAUUAUUUACUCCUAUUUUUAGAAUUACACUAGCAAUUUGUUUUGUUAUAAAAGCAUGCAACACAAAAUAAUU